AUAAAGCAUAAGAAAAAAAAAAAAAAAAAGAAGAAAUAAUAAUCCAAAACCACCACCAAAUUCUGAGGGAAACCCUCCAUCCCGUGGAGCGAAGAAAGAAAAUGGAGAUCACAGACCAAUCAGGGCCUUGUCAAAACUCCGUUCGCCGGCGGUUUCUGCUCGUCGUCUAGCUUCGUUUACGUCAGCUUCGCCCAAUUUCGCCGAGUUUUCUAAAUUUUUAAAUCACAAAAUGGCAGGGCUGAAAUCUUCGACCGUCCAAGAGGCUGAAACUUACGAAGAAACAAACGAGAAUUCUCAGCCGUUGAUUCCAGGAUUACCCGACGAGAUUGCUGAGCUAUGUCUCCUUCACCUUCCGUACCCUUACCAAGCUUUGGUGCGUUCUGUUUCUUCUUCGUGGAACAGAGCCGUUACACACCCUGCCUUCCUUCUCUGCAAGAAGUCCUUAUCCUUGUCUUUGCCUUACCUGUUCGUUUUCGCUUUCAAAAAAUCGACGGCCAGGAUCCAAUGGCAAGCGUUGGACCCCCGAUCAGGCCGUUGGUUUGUGUUACCGAGGAUGCCAUGUCCAAAGGCUGUGUGCCCGCAGGCGUUUGCAUGCGCGUCGAUGCCACGUGAGGGGAAGCUGUUCGUGUUGGGGGGUAUGCGCGCGGACACUGGAACCUCUAUGCCAACCACAAUCAUCUACCGCACAUCCACAAAUCAAUGGUCAGUAGCAUCUCCCAUGUUGACCCCCCGAUCCUAUUUCGCGGCCGGGAACGUCAAUGGAAAAAUCAUGGCCGUUGGGGGAAGCGGGACCAGCAUCAGCGAUUCGAUCAAGGCCGUGGAAUGCUAUGACCCUGAAAACGACACGUGGACGACGGCGGCUAGGAUGGGGAUGGGGUUGGCGCGGUACGACUCAGCGGUGAUAGGAAAGAAGAUGUACGUGACGGAGGGAUGGACGUGGCCUUUCCAGUUCUCGCCGAGAGGGGAGGUGUACGACAUAGAGAAGAACACGUGGGAAGGGAUGAGCGAUGGGAUGAGGGAAGGGUGGACGGGUGUUAGUGUGGUUAUGGAUGACAGACUGUUCACGAUAUCGGAGCACGGGGACUGUCCGAUGAAGGUGUAUAUUCCAGAUCAAGACACGUGGCGUUACGUGGGUGGUGAGAAGUUCCCACGCGAGGCAAUACAGAGGCCGUUCGCUGUGACGCAAGUGGAAGGGAAGAUAUACGUGGUAGCAAGUGCGCUAAAUGUGGCAGUGGGAAGAGUGAUUGAAGGUGAAAAGGGGGAGUUGAGGGCAGAGUGGAAAGUAAUGGCUGCCCCAAAAGCGUUUAGUGAGUUUUCUCCUGCCAGUUGCCAGGUGCUUUAUGCUUAAAUCUCUGAUUAAUGUAUUAAUCAUAAUUAUAAUCAUCUACCUUCAAUAUGACUUUAUACCAUGCUUUCUAUGUACAAGGGUUUCUUGUAUAGUUUUAUUAGUAAUUUGACUAUUUUACUUUUUGAGAA